AUGGAUCUCCAGAAACCGCCCAAUUUUAUGCUCGACUGCGCGAUGCCUCCGCACAUGAUGCAGUCGAUGUCGUGGGUGGCAGCAAUGGCGGCCGCCUCGUCUACAGUACCACCUACCGUACCCACGCCGACCGCCACGUCAUCUCAGCAGCCACAACAACAACAACAGUUACAGCAUCAUCCGGCCUACGCGCCGCCCUACAAGGUUUGUCGGUUUUUUUUUUCGAAAGUUUUUACACAAAAAUAGACAAUAGCGACGAGAUUACAGCUGGAGAAUGACCAGUUUCAGCGGUGUAAAACUUGAUCAGGAAGUUUUUCGGUCGAAAAUUGUGUUUUUACACCUUUUUUUGAAUCACUGGUCACUCGCCUGCUCUUAUCGCUCGCUUUCCGCUUAUCGGUGACGGCAGUAGAACCAUAUGCACUUUGCAGAAAAUGUCAAGCUGUUUUUGGAAUUUUUGACGUGAAAAUCAUCCGAAAAAGCGUGGAAAUUGCCUGAAAACCUGAAAAAAUACGGACGAAUCCCAAAAAUCAGUUUGUACGACACUCCGAAAUAACGGCACGGCACUCUGUUUACCGUAAAUCUACACUGCUUUUUCGCGGCAAUUUUUCAUCGUCUUUUGCAAAAAUUUGGCUGAAAUCUUUGGAUCUUGGCGACGUUUAAUUAAAAUGUAUAUUGAUUUGCUCAGUAAUCACUGAAAACACCUAGAAAACCCCGGAAUUUCUUGCAGGCUCAGCCAAAAUCGUCGGCGACACCGUAUUCAGAUGCGACCAAUUGCAAAAAGUCGUCGAAUCACAUCAAACGGCCGAUGAACGCCUUCAUGGUGUGGUCGCAGAUGGAACGACGCAAAAUUUGCGAGCAUCAACCGGACAUGCACAACGCCGAGAUUUCGAAGCAGCUCGGAUUGCGUUGGCGGCAUCUCAGCGACGAGGAAAAGGCGCCGUUCGUGGCCGAGGCCGAGAGACUUCGUGUCUGUCACAUGCAGGUGAGCAUUCAUGAACAAAGUGGAAAUUCUUGCAAUUUUCUUUGAAAAAUACCAAAAAUUCUCUAGAUGGCUUGUAGAAUUGUUAAACUUGGUUUUUAACUCAAAAAUCUUGCAGGAAUACCCCGACUACAAGUACAAGCCGCGCAAGAAGCCGAAGAAAAAUCCGGACGGAACACUCCAGCAGCCAGCUCAAACCGCGGCUCAAAAUGCGCAGACACGUGGCGUUUCGCCGGCUUCUCGUCAACGGAAGCGCGCGAAUCCGGCGGUGGAGCCCGUCGAAUUCCAGAUGAAUGCGAAUUUUCUGCCGAAAACGGUGAAAAUGGAGCCGGAAUGGAUGGGAAACGGAGGGCAGAUGGGCGGAGUGCCCAAAGAGUUCCAUCCUUCGUACCCGUCGCCCUCCGAGUUCGGCGCCCACGCACCACUGACCCCCGACGGAGGAUUCUACGAGGAUUUCUACACGCAACAGCACUUUGCGCAGCAGCAUCCCGCACCCAGCCCCAUCAGAAUGGUUAGUUGGUUCUUUUAAUGCAAACGAAUCAAAUUUUCGACCCAUUUUCAGACGCAAAACGGAAUCGGAAUGGAAGUGAUGGCGCCCGGAAUGCAACCGCCCAUGAUGGGACACUUUGGCGCGCCGUUCUACUUGCACACGUCGCCGCCCUCAAUCGAUCAGGUCAGUCAUCGUCCUCAGUCUUGUUAUUGCACUGUUUGCAUGUUUUCCGCAUGAAAAUCGCCUAGUUUUCAAUGUUUGACAUGGUUUUGGGUUGCUAGAAGUUUUUGUAACCUUUUACACAGCUUUUGAAACACAGAAAUCAUAGAAAAUCCAAAAAACACAUCUAGCCGCCCAUAACACUUUGCAAUCCACCUCACUUCGCACUAACCUCAUUCCCUUUUCAGAUGCACCGUCACCCUAAUCUCCUCCGUUUCCCUAACAGACCGUUUAGUGCCCCGGUCCCCAGACUCGCACCACCGCACUCGCUUCAGUCGUUUUCGGCCACUCCACCACCACCUCCUCCUCUUUCCACUUCUUCUUCCACCACUUUCGAUUCCCGUUUGCAGGACGACAUGCGCUCGCUAUCGUCCGGCUCGUCGGGCUACGCGGACUGCUCCGCUUCCGAGCAGUCGACGUCUUCGCCGCCCGGACCCGUCGGAGCUCAGCCCACUUUGGCUCCGCUCGACGAGUUCUCGGGCAUCUCGCCCACCAUCAACAACCUGCCGUUGUACUCGGACCUUGCGUGGGACGACCUGUACAAGAGCAUUUGA